AUGAACCAGAGUGGCUUCAUCUCCCGUCGGAUCAAUGGCCAACAUCUCCAAGUCCCAUUCCGGAGACUGCUGGAGCAGCGGAUUAGGUGUAACAUCGCUAAGUUUUGUCCUACUCCUGAUUUCCUGAGUAAGUUCUCUGAGUUUGGCAAGGCACUGCGCACGUCUGCCUAUGUUCUCAGAUUCAUCGAUAGAAGUCGGAAAUUGGCAGAUUUGGCUCUACCUCCCAAGCAGCAGGUUCCUUCUUCAAGUUCAAUCCGAAACUUGAACCCUUUCCUCGAUGGCAAGAGGAUUCUACGGGCCUAUGGGCGUCUGAGGGCGUCCCACUCGCUGCGUUAUGAUGAGAGUCAUCCAAUCAUCCUCUCGUACUCCUCAUCCUUGGCCGACUACUGGUUCAUUUCACCCAUCGUAUAUCCUUACAUGGGGGUCCUCGCCAAAUCCACCAUCAACUCUUGCAAGGUUUGCGUGAUCUACAAGAAGAGAUUGCAGACCCAAAUGAUGGGGGACUUGCCCAAGGAAAGGGCGUCCUACUCAAGACCUUUCAUUCACACUGGAGUCGACUUCGGCGGCCCAUUCGAAAUAAAAAAUUACACUGGCCGAGCCUGCCUCAUCACCAAAGGGUAUGUCUGCGACUUCGUGUGCUUCAGCACGAAGGCGAUCCACUUGGAGGCAACAUCGGAUCUCACGACGGAGAAAUUCCUGGCCGCAUUCUUCUGCUUCAUCGCACGGCGCGGGUGUCCACACCAAAUGUACUCGGACAACGGGAAAACCUUCGUUGGAGCUGACAAGGUGAUCUCCAACGACUUCUUGGAAGCGACGAGGGAGUGCAUCAUCGCACAACACACCCACAAGAGCCUAUCCUGGCACUUCAUCCCGCCGGGCGCCCCGCAUAUGGGUGGAUUAUGGAAAGCCGGCGUAAAGAGUUUUAAGGCACUCUUUUACAAGGCGACAUCCACUGCGAAGUAUACGUUCGAAGAGUUGUCCACUCUUCUCGCUAAGAUCGAAGCCUGCCUGAAUUCGAGGCCGAUUUCCCCUACGUCCGAGGAUUCUUCGGACUUACUAGCGCUCACUCCUGGCCAUUUCCUCAUAGGUGGCCCUCUUAUUUCGGUGUUGGAACCACCAAUUAACCAACCGACCACCUCCAUCCUCAAUCGAUGGCAGCGACUGAAGGCUCUUCACCAAGAAUUUUGUUUCCGUUGGAAAGAUGAGUACCUGAAGGAGCUGCACAAACGGACGAAAUGGCAAUCCCCUACACGGAACCUUCGGAUCGGUGACAUGCUCGUCAUAAAAGAAGACAACCUUCCCUCAAACGAGUGGCGCCUAGGACGGGGGCUGACGACGUGUCCAGGCACCGAUACCAAGGUCCGAGUUGUAGAUGUGCUCACAGCGCGGGGUACUAUCCGAAGACCCGUCGCAAAACUCAUUUUACUCCCGAUGGACAGCAAGACUGACCUCUCCACGUCUGAAGGACGAAUAACCUCCUGCUCCGUAUUCCGAUUCGUCGUCUUGUGUUGUCCUACGCUGUCCUGUUCCUAUGCCAUCACAUACAUCCACCCACCAGGACCGCCCCGCUGUCACCAACUCUUUCCGGUGUCGCGUGUGCCGUGGGAUCCACCCACUCCGGAAGUGUCAGCGUUUCCUGAGGCUGACAGCGGAGAAACGGUUGAGAGCAGUACUCAUCAACAAGUACUGCUCUAA